AUGGCCUUCAGGGCAAAGGCGGAUGUGAGGACGGCAGGGCCCUGGCUGUGCCUGCACAGGGCACGGACACUGGGCAGCAGAGCUGCUCUGGCGCCCAAGGCAGUGCUGCCCUUCGAAGCCAUUCCCCAGCAUCCUGGCAACAAGUAUCUGAGGCUGCUGCAGAUCUGGAAGGAGCGGGGCCAUGAGAACUUUCACCUGGAGACGCAUCAGACCUUCCAGGAGCUGGGGCCCAUUUUCAGAGAUGACAUGGAAGGAACACGAAGGGUGGCCGUGAUGCUGCCGGAGGACGUGGAGAGGCUGCAGCAGGCGGAAGGCCUGCACCCUCGCCGGAAUGUUCUGGAACCAUGGCUGGCCUACAGACAGCAUCAUGGGCACACAUGUGGCGUGUUCUUGCUGAAUGGGCCAGAAUGGCGCUCCAACCGACUGCGGAUGAACCCAGACGUGCUGUCACCACAGGCCGUCCAGAAGUACCUCCCCAUGCUGGAUGUGGUGGCAAGGGACUUCUCAAUGGCCCUGAAGAAGAAGGUGCUGCAGAAUGCCCAGAGAAGCCUGACCCUGGACAUCCAGCCCAGUAUCUUCUACUACACCGUAGAAGCCGGCAACUUAGCUCUUUUUGGAGAGCGGUUGGACCUCUUUGGCCAUAACCCGAGCUCUGCCAGCCUGAACUUCAUCCACGCACUGAAGGCUAUGCUCAGAUCCACUGUCCAGCUCACGUUCAUGCCCAGGAGCCUGUCCCGCUGGACUUGCAGCAAGGUGUGGAAGGAGCACUUUGAGGCCUGGGACUACAUCUUCCAGUAUGCCAGCAAUUGCAUCCAGAAAAUCUAUCAGGAGCUGAAGGUCGAUAGCCCUGAGCACUACAGCGGCAUCGUGGCAGAGCUGCUGUUGCACGCAGACUUGUCGCUAGAUGCCAUCAAGGCCAACGCUAUUGAACUCACAGCAGGGAGCGUGGACACGACGGCUACCACCUUGCUGAUGAUCCUGUUUGAGCUGGCUCGGAACCCUGACGUGCAGCAGGCACUGCAGGAGGAGAGCCUGGCAGCUGAGUCCAGGAUCUUGGAAAAUCCCCAGAGGGCAACCACGGAGCUGCCCCUGCUGCGGGCGGCCAUCAAGGAGACCUUGAGGCUCUACCCUGUGGGUAUUUUUCUGGAGCGACUCGUGAGCUCAGACUUGGUGCUGCAGAACUACCACAUCCCAGCAGGGACAUUGGUCCAGGUGUUUCUCUACACACUGGGUCGCAACCCUGCCUUGUUCCCGAGGCCCGAGAGCUAUAACCCCCAGCGCUGGAUAGACAGCAGGGUCCCCAGCAGGAGCUUCCGCCAUCUGGCCUUUGGCUUUGGCCUGCGGCAGUGCCUGGGGCGACGCCUGGCAGAGGUGGAGAUGCUGCUCCUGCUGCACCAUGUGCUGAAAACCUUCCUGGUGGACAUAAUAACCAAAGAGGAUGUGAAGAUGGUCCACCACUUCAUAUUGACGCCCUCUGCCUUGCCCCUCUUUACAUUCAGGACCAUUUACUAG